AUGGUCCAUCCGAAAGUGGGCGCCUACGGAGCACUUGCUCAAUAUGCUCGUAAAAAACAAAAGGAGAAUAGUACUUCGAAGGAAACGAAUAAACCACGUAUUCUUCCACAAGUAGUGCCAUCAACUGUAAAUAAGAAACAACCGAAGCAGAAGAAAGGUUUGACUGAUAAGCAGAUAAGAGAAAAGAAUGAAAGAAAGCUGCUGAGACAGGAAAUGAAGAAAGGAAAUAUCAAGUUGAAGGACGGAAAUUUUGUGGAGAAUAUUGAUGUUUUGAAGUUUGAGAAGAAGUUGGAUCUAUUGCAACAAGAUGAAAAAACAGGAGAAGAUCAAUCUGAAGUGGAUCUCUUGAUGAAAGACGGAAAGAAGAAAACGGACGCAGAGUGGAAAAAGGACAGAAAGAAGAAGGAUUUGGAGAUACAGAAGAAGCCGAUAACGCAGACGAAACUGCUUCAGAAAUACAAAGUUGAUCGAGAUGAUUACAUGCUACAGUAUGCCACUGCAGAGGAGAAACCAGUGUAUUUUGAAGAGUACGAGCCGAGCGCUUAUCCUUGUUUCCACUCGACUAAUCCAUGUCUAUGGGGUGUUGCACCUAACGUUACAUGUGACCGUCUUCUGCAGUACACAAAUGAGAUCAUGAAAUCAUAUGUUCCACCGAAAACUGAUCAUCUUCCUUCACUUCUUGUCAAGUCGGACAAACUGAGAGUCACUUCGCCAUACACAAAUUUCUGCUUCAAUCCAGUACAAGCACUCAGAGCAUGGGGUCUUUUGGCCAAUAUUGCACAGAAUAAAACUUUCGAUGAGCUGAGAAAGUAUAUUGAUUAUUACACUGCAUUGGACACCAUUGAAAAAAAUGGUGAUUCGUUGAACAAAUUACUCCUCUCUCUACAUUAUGAAUCAGAAUUUCUUUUCGAUGGAUGCGUACGAUUGUUUACCGAAUUGCCACGUCAUCUCCACCAUAAUGUUGAGGUCCGUCGUAAAAUCAGCACUUAUUAUGGAGGGAGGAGUAAAAGAGCUGGAGUUCAACAUCACUGUUUCCAAACAGACUCUGAUGGCUUCUACUCUUGCUACCGUAUCAAUCAGGAGGUUUCGCUCUCGACUAGAGGUUCUGUUCGUUACGUGGUUCCAGAGAACAGUGCUCCCAACUGGAGAGCAUCGAUUGCUCUUGCUUCUGCAAUGGAUUGUACUUUUUAUUGGAAAACUACGGGCGCCCGACCAAUAGAAAUUAACAAUUUUGAGUUCACUGAAAGUAUCGAUAAUGAAGUAAGAAACUCAAUGUGUGUGGUGAUUUCUGCGGAAGCUGACAUAGCUACGUUUGAUAAAUAUGUUCGACUGGAAAGUCAUCAACCAGGUGUCUACUUGUAUAUCAUACCUGAGGACCGAAAGAACGCUCAUAAAAAGAAGAGCUUUCCAUCUAACACCUUGGAUAUUAUCAAUGGAGUGUGGACACCUCUAUCACGACAAAAAGUGUACAUUCCGAAAUGCACGACGUCGAUACCGAUUUCUCUCUAUGAACAUGCAAAACACUACGGUCUCUCCCGUCUUUUCUCCGGUGAGAAGUCCGAAUUACGUCAACUGAACAGUUCGGGAUUCGAUGCGGCGGGCUCUCCACAAUUCGCGACUCUCUUCGAUCACUAUCACAAGACAGUCUUCGAAAUUGAGACUCGCCAACCGGGUUCUAGUGAUCUAUCGAGAGAUUUCGAUGAGUUGGCACCGGACAGAGCUCAUCAAUCGAUUGAUGAUUCUAUGGCUAACGUGUUUGGAAAGUUUCAAAUGGAUGGAUAUCAAAGUUACGAUCCCCUGUUCACUUAUCAUGAAGAUCAUUUGGAUCGAUCUCCCACACCCUUCCUGAAAUCCAGUGUAUUUUACAAAAAAAACAAUGCUGGUCUUGAUCUUGCAUUCCCAUUCUACUAUGUUAUGACUCGUAAAAUAAAAACAAUGCCCGUGGGUACUGAAAAAACAAAAAGUGAUCCUAGAGACCUACAGGAAUCCCCGUUGAUUGUUUGUGCUGGAUACUUCAACAACACCCCUUGGGUAAAAAAUAAGUAA